AUGAUCCCUCUCAUCCCAGCUCUCGCACUUGCUUUCGUCUCGUUCAUAUCCUCAGCGUUCGUCAUUCUUCGCAUUCUCAUCCCCAUCUUGCCACCACACCCCCUCAGCCGUCGAGUCGCCCCUUCCGAAUUUGGUCUUCCUAACUACCGGUCUGUCUCUCCUGCAGAUAAGAGCCACCUCUGGCUCGCCGCUUGCGACCUCCUGGCUCUCGCAAUCUUCACAUGGCAAGUUGUGAGCGAGUCCUUUGGAAGUCCUGUGGAUUAUGCCAUCGCCCAUGAUCCCGCUGCCGCCGCCAGGCUCUGGUUCGCCAUGACAUUGAGGCAAACGUGCCUCUUCGUCGUCUCUGCGCUCACCCUCCUGCAUGUGCGCAUGGGCCGUCCCGUUGCGUUUGGAGGCAAGCACUGGAUGCUCUGGGCACCUACCCUUGUUCUUGUCGCAACUUCAACUGCCCUCGCUGGUGUCUUCGCUGCCACCAACGUCACAGGCCUCUUCGUCGGUCUUGUCGCCUACUCCACUUCCAUUGCGGUCUUCAGCAGUGUUGUGUUUGGCUGUCUCGUGGGCACCCUUGUUAUCAUCAAGCGCAACCUUGCUUCGUUCAACGAAAUCCGUGACCCUUGGCCGCCGGCGAAGGAGAUCGAGGAGAAGCCGCGCCCGUCCUUUGCCACCGAGGACAUUGACGCACUCAAGGAUGGCAGCUCCUGGAUCACCUCGCGCGCCAGCUCCCGAUGCGAGAGCGUGUCCGCGUUCUCAUUCUCGACGCACUACACGCACCACUCUCGCGCCGCGUCCAACGCCAGCGCGCGCAUGCUUCCCAAUCCCGUGACCGCGUCGAACCCUUCCCUAGCGCCCAAGUCGUCGUUCUGGUUCAACCCUGCCACUCCCUACAGCAGCCACGAGACUGUUCCCCCGGUGCCGCCUCUUCCUGCUCUGUACCGUCCGGCAUCCACCACCUCGGCCCACAUCAACGAUGACCCCGACCCCUUCAAGCGCCAGGCUCCUCGCAUGGGCUCCCAGUCGUCUUGGCUCACCGAGCCCUCGGUUUACCAGCCUACCCUGUCCAACUGGUCUUUCCCCGCCACUCAGCCUCCGUCACCACCUCUUACAACUGCUACUCUUCCUGGCCUGGGAUCCGACAUGCUGCCCUCCACGGCUGUGUCACGUCCCAUUACACCAGCCAUGGCUAGCGCAGAGGUGCUCGGUGGGUACGGCUACGUUGGGGAGAACAGUCAGGCCGAGAAGGGAUUCAACAGUUUCUCUUCCCAAUCGUCCGGUGACCUCGACAUGACCAUCUAUCGUACUGCUGGAUGGCUUCUUAUGAUUUGGGUGCCUCUCGGUCUUGGCCUUCCUUACAUGUUCAUGGUUUCUCCUGGUUCCGCUACAAGUCCUAUUGCUUCUAUCCUGCUCAUGCUCUCUGUCACGCUUUCGUCGCCCCUUUUGGCUAUCAACAUCUUGUUCCGGUCCCCGAUUCCGAUCCCCUCUGGUCUCUUCGACACUUACAGCGAGCCCCCUUCUGCUGUCAUGCGUGCGCCGUCCCCGCAGAGCACCCUGCCAUCGUACAAGGCAUCCCACGAGUACAAGCGCAGCGGCAGCGUCACCGUUGUCGAGGGCCGUCGCAGCACCGAUGUCUGGCUCACCAAUGGCGACGCUGUCGACGGCAGAGGAAGGAUUGGUCGCGCAUUUGGUCUCCUCCAGCCUAAGCCCAAGCUCGCGGUUCUCCCGCCCGAUGGCGAGAAGAUGCAACAGGAGCCGCUUACUCCGCCUCUGCCCAUGCAGGAACGCUCCCUUCCUCCCACUCCCGCCCAGUCUGAGUGCAGUGCUGAACUUGGUCGCACUCGUACGCGCAAGGAAAGCAAGGCAAGCUCGUACUACUCCGGUGCAUCUGAGAGCGCGGCGUUCCAGACACAGAUCAUGAUCGCUCAACGCCACUACUCUGCACUCGCUACGAGGAUGGUCGUUCCCCCGUCUCCCACCGGCGAGCGUGCCCCGUCCAUGGAUGAGUCCGCUAUCGGUGUUGCCGUCAGCGGUGUUGAGACGCCUCAAACCCAGAAGGCGUCCCGCCCGUCGCAGCAUCUGCGUGUACGCUCCGUUUCCUCGAUCACUGGCGGCAACUACGGCGAGUCACGCUUCCCCGUCAGCCCUCCUCCCACGUCUCCUCUUCCGCCUACCCCGCCCUCCGUGCGCGAGCGCAAGGCACGUCUGCUGUCUCACCGCAAGUCGCAGUCGCAGUCCUCGUCCUCGGUCGGCUUUUCCUUUGGCCCCGUAGGUGGCGACGACAUGGCGGAGAUCGAUGCUCUCUCGGCGAAGGUCCUGCCUCUUCUCAUCCCAGGUCUCACUAUCGGCACGGACAUGCGUGUGCGCGACGACUGGGGCCUGCCGUCUCCGUAUGACAAGCACACUCACCAGACUGGCACCAUGAAGAGCUCGAGGACCGUCCCCGUAGAGAUGGGUGGAUUCACCAGCGGCUUCUCCACUGACUUCUCGUCGGUGGAAAUGCACUCGACUCCGCUCGACCAGAGGAAGGGGCCGCCCAGGCAGAAGAAGACGUCUAUGCACCGCCGGCACCACUUUAGCUUGCCCAGUCUUAGCCUCGGGAAGGAUGGAAUUCACGCACUCUCGACUUGGAGGAACGAUCUCAACCGCGCCCUGGAGAGCAAGCUCGUGUCGACACCCAGUGACCAUGGUCACAGGCGCAACACCGUCUACGGCUGCGAGCUCGUUCCCAACUCUGGCUCGCACCUCAACGUCGUUACGGAAGACGAUGAGCUCCUGCGCCCCGCUUCCCCUGCCCAGCCCGAGCGCCCGGUCUCUGCUCAGACGUUCGGUCAUGACGCGAUGGAGGUCCCGGCUUGGGAACCCAGGGCGAGCUCGCGCAACUCUCUAGCCACCCUGAUCACCGCGCUCGACCAGGAGCUUCGCAUGCCGCUCCCGCCGCCCUCCGCCGCGUCCGAGGUCACACUCUUCGACCUCGAGAACUUUGAAGCCGAGGGUCCGCUCGCGUCCAGCACGCCGCACGAGUCCCAGCGCACGCAGCCCAAGUCCAAGUCGCGCCACGUCCCGCCUGUGCCGAAAGUGCGCGACGGCGCGUCGUCCUCGAACCGCCGCUCGAGCAUCAAGUACAUCGUCGCGGACGAGAACCAGCCGGAGUCACCGCGCAUCGAGCUCGCGCCGAAGCAGGGCUUCGCGCAGUGGUCCGCACGCGCGAUCCGCCCGCUCGUGCCGAAGUCCCCGAAGUCAAAGGGCAAGGGCAAGAAGGUGGCGACGCCGAAGCUUGCAUCCGCGCCUGCUGGGGGCCUCCGUCCGCUCUCGCUCCUCCAGGAGCGCAACCUCAACCAGGCUGUCAACGAGACGCGCCCACUUGCGCUCGGCAAGAAGAGCAAGGUUACGGACGAGAACGCGGACCCCGAGGCUUCUGUGCAGUCCAAGGGCAAGUCUGUGCUCAAGCCCCUCCGACUCUCGCGCAACGAGACGACCAAGGAGCGCGCGCAGCUGCGCAAGCACGAGGUUCUCCCUGAACUUGUUGUUCGCCCUCCCUCUGAGGCGGAACGCGGCUACUACGGCUACGCCUGAACCCCGAAGACUCAAGACCAUCUCACUGACGCUGAACCCUUUCUGCGCUGAAGAUCUUCACAUCGUAUAUACCAUUUGCUGUUGAGUUAUCACUCUGAUUCCUCGUCUCGCUGUUUUUGCACCUCUUCGUCCCUCGCAUCAUCGCUUUUGUCGUUUGUUUUUGUCUCGUCAUCGCUACUCCGUCUCGUAUCUCGCGUUCUGAUGCUGUUCUCACCUCACGUCGUCUCAACGCUUUAAAACUCUCAAUCAC